AUUUAAGUUUCUAACAGAUUUAUUAGAUCUUUUAAGUGAUUUUUGUUACAUCAAAAAUUCGCAAAUUAACUUUUAUUUUGUUGGUGGAUGGCCACUCCUAAGAAGCUAGAAAUUGUUAGAAGCAUAUUUUAUUUCUCCCUUUUAAUAUUCAAUUCAACAAUUUAUCUUGCCAUUUACAUAAUCAAUUAGCAAAUUAAAGAGCAAACAAACUACUCAAAUACUCAAUUCAAUUUACAAUAGUUAUGACUUCCAAUUUUCCUCAAUUUCUUUUUGUUUAUCUUGUCUUGGACUUGGUUAGUGUUUGUUCUAGUCGAUCAUUUAUCACUGGCAAUUUUAAUACUAGUGGAUUUUCAUCAGCAGUGGCAACUUGGUAUGGAGAUCCCACUGGAGCUGGCAGUGGGGGAGCUUGUGGACUAGAAGAUGAUGUAGCAAAAGCUCCAUAUAACGCCAUGAUAACCGCGGGAAAUCAAGUUUUGUUCCAACAUGGUUCGGGAUGUGGCGCAUGUUAUCAGGUUAUGUGCAAUCAAAAUAAAGAAUGUUCAGGAAAACCAAUAACAGUGGCUCUUACAGAUGAGUGUCCAGGAACAUGCAAUGAUGAUCCAGUUCACUUUGAUUUAAGUGGAACUGCCUUUGGAGCUAUGUCAAAGUCUGGCCAAGCUGACCGACUGCGUAAGCUUGGAAGAAUCGAUAUUUCUUAUAAAAGGGUGACAUGCGACUACAAGCAAAAUAUUAUGUUUAAGGUUGACAAAGGAUCCAACCCUAAUUUCUUUGCAGUAGCAAUUGAAGCUGAAAAUGGAGAUGGUAAACUUUCUUUGGUUGAAAUAAAACCAACAGGUUCAAAUAAAUGGUUUCCCAUGCGACAAAUGUUUGGAGCAACAUGGUCAACAAAUAUUUAUCCAGAUAAACAAAAACCUCCCUUUUCUAUUAGGAUAACUUCACAAAAUAAACAUCAAGUCCAAGCUGAUAAUGUCAUUCCUGUGAAUUGGCAAUCAAGUGCAACUUACAAUUCAAAUGUCAAUUUCUCUCCCCAAUUAUAAAGCUUUUUAUUUUUAAUUUUGGAGGAUUUGAGGAAUUUGAGAGAUUACAAAGUGAAAUUUUGAACUUCCUUUGUAUUCCAAUAAUAAGAUAUCAUUAAAGAAAGUUCUUUAGUUAUCAA